UAAUAUAACAGAAGAAGAAGAAACAGCUCUUCUGUAGUUUUAUGUCAUGAACUACAGUCUAUGGUCAUGAACCGGACUGAAAGCGAUGUGGUCCCUGCCGGGGUCCAGAGUGUCCCUCUCCCGGACUCUCAGACGGACUUCCCCGGUGCACCGUACUCCGUGUCGGUCCUGAAACCCGGGUACUGCCGCCCUCAGCCGGACGGGACGUUCAGAGCUGACGGGACCAUCUCCCUGAUAACUGGACCCCGGACCAUCCUGGUGGACACGGGGGGGCCGUGGGACCGGGACUUUCUCCUGAAGACCCUGAAAGACAGAGGUCUGGACCCGGGGGACGUGGACAUGGUGGUGGGUACCCACGGACACUCUGACCACGUGGGAAACCUGAGUCUGUUUGCGGAUGCGGUAGUGAUAGUCGGAUAUGACGUCAGUGAAGGGGACACGUACCGACCAAACAAACUGUCAGAGGGAGAAACGUUCCGCGUGGACGAGCACGUGUCUGUACUUCCCACUCCGGGACACACGGCACAGGACGUCAGUGUGCAGGUGAAGGGAACCUCUGCAGGCACGGUGCUCAUUGCUGGGGACUUAUUUGAGUGCUGCUCAGACGAGGACAGCUGGAGGGAUCUGAGUGUGAACACUGCAGUACAGGAGGUGAGCCGCCAGGAGGCGCUGCGCACUGCGGAUGUGAUCAUCCCUGGUCACGGACUCCCAUUCAGGGUUCUGAGGAACUGAUACAGAAACAAGACGGAUUAUCUCAAGACCUGGACGAGUAUGGGAGGAGAUUUAUGACUGAAGAAAGAUUAGACGGAGGGAUGGACAUGUAUUCACUCAGAGGGAAACUCCUGAGGUACAAACUAAUCAUCUGACCACACGGACAGCAACACAUAGCUCUAGAUUCUCUUUCUUUAACAGCAUGCUCUCUUCUGCUGCUGCACAGAAAUAAAAAGGUUUAUUGAAAAAUAAUAUUUCUAUAUUGCAGCUCAGAUCUUUGAGAAGCAGAUUUUUCUGUUUUAUUCAAACGUCUUUAAACUAGAUUUGUGUGCAGCUGAGUCAUUUUCAUUUAAGUCUGACCCCAAAAAUAAAGACACUAUUUUCUGCU